AUGGAAAAGAUGGUGGGCUCCAGCUUCCCGACUUUUGCUGAGGUUGCCUCCGUGGGAGAACGGAUUGAAAGCCAGAUCAAGAAGGGAAAGCUACCUUGUGCUGCUAAUGCUUCAAGUGGGAUGAAGAAGCCUUAUCCUAAUCUCCCAAAGAAGCCAGAAGGUCAGACCAAUGCCAUAAUGAGAAGAGGAGGAUAUAUGGCACCUCCAUAUGCUCAUACGCCUUAUCAUCAGGUUGCCGCGGUCAUCCCGACACCAUAUCAUCCACCCUAUCAACAACCAUAUCAACAACAAUAUCAACAACCAUAUCAACAGCCGGCUUACCAGCAGCCGUAUCAGAAUCAACAGCAACAUGCUCCACCACAACGUCAACCUAACCAACAGAGGGCAAGGAGGCUAGAAAUACAUUUCGAUCCUUUGCCAGUACCAUACAACAAGAUCCUUCCCUACCUGCUAAAGGAUGAAUCAAUUGUUUUGAAGGAGCUAACACCUGCAACUCCGCCAUAUCAACAGGCUACAAUGUCAAUGCUCACUGCGAGUAUCACAUGGGUGCCCCAGGGCACACAAUGGAGAAUUGCAAGGCUUUAA